GGGGUGGGGGCGAGAGGCCGGAAAAAUAUCUUGUCGUCUUGCAGUUUUCACAGACUUCCGUCAAUUGCCGUUUCUGUGUUUUGGUUUCUCAUUUCAAAGUGAGGUCGACUCUUUUGAAAACUCAAAACAAAAACCAGUCACUCUCACUCUCACUCUCACUCUCUCUCUCUGUAUUCAACCUGCAUGUCCUCACAAGUCAAGAAUACAAUAAUAAUAUCAUAAUUCUGUGGUCCUGUAUUAAAUUGGGGACUUUUCUCUUCGUUUCUGUUUAUAAUGUCAAUAAUCGUUACUCAAUCAACCCAACAACGACAAUUCCUAAUAUGGUUUCAGACCACUCAACAACACCUCCUGCAGGAACAACAGCAGCAGCAGCAGCAGAAGAAGAAGAAGUAGAGGGUUCUAGGGUUUACAAUGAAGAAAAUGAAGGAGUUGGAGUAGCGGCAGCAGAAGGGCAUGAAGCUAGAGGGACAUGGAAGCACGCUGCUUUCCACAUCGCUACCACCAUCGCCACCCCAGCCGCUUACGCUCCCCUCCCUUUCGCCGUCGCUUCUCUCGGUUGGCCCCUCGGAGUCGCUAGUUUGGUGAGUGCUACGCUUGCUACGUGGUACUCCAGUUUUUUGAUCGCGUCUCUAUGGGGAUGGAAUGGGAAGAAGCAAACCACGUACCGACAUCUUGCCAGGAGCAUCUAUGGAACUUGGGGUUACUGGUCUAUUGCAUUUUUUCAACAGGUGGCUUCCUUGGGUAAUAACAUUGCCAUUCAUAUUGCUGCUGGAACUAGCCUUAAGGCAGUAUAUAAAUACUACCACAGAGAUGGUACCUUAACCUUGCAGCAUUUCAUUAUUAUCUUUGGGGCAUUUGAACUUUUUCUCUCUCAGCUCCCGGACAUCCAUUCACUGAGAUGGGUAAAUGCACUGUGCACUUUCAGCACAGUUGGUUUUGCUGGUACAACCAUUGGAGUCACUAUAUAUAAUGGUAAUAAGAUUGAUAGAAAAUCAGUUAGCUACAGUUUAAAAGGAAGCUCGUCAUGGAAGAUUUUUAGAGCAUUCAAUGCCCUUGGGGCAAUAGCCUUUUCAUUUGGAGAUGCAAUGCUUCCAGAAAUACAGAGUAGCAUGAGGGAACCUGCAAAGAAGAACAUGUACAAAGGUGUAUCAACAGCUUAUGGUAUUAUUGUUUUGACUUACUGGCAAUUAGCUUUUUCUGGCUACUGGGCAUUUGGAUCAGAUGUCCAGCCUUACAUUGUGGCUUCUCUUACUAUCCCGGAGUGGACAACUGUUAUGGCUAAUCUUUUUGCUGUGAUUCAAAUAUCGGGAUGCUUUCAGAUAUAUUGCAGGCCAACAUAUGCAUACUUCGAGGAAAGAAUGCUGUCCAGCAAAACAACUAGCCGAGUCCCUUUUCAAAACCAUCUCAUCAGACUUAUUUACACCUCGAUCUACAUGGUUCUUAUAACGCUUGUUGCUGCAGCCAUGCCUUUCUUUGGAGAUUUUGUUUCCAUCUGUGGAGCCGUGGGGUUUACUCCACUGGACUUCGUCUUCCCCGUUUUGGCAUAUCUGAAAGCAGGCCUAACCCUAAAAAAUACAAGACUUCGACAUUUGUUGCUGUUUCUUAACCUGGCCAUUGUUGCUUGGUUCUCGGUUGUUGCAGUUUUGGGUUGCAUUGGUGCAGUUAGGUUCAUUGUACGAGAUAUUAAAACUUACAAGUUCUUCCAUGAUUUGUAACACCCCAAGUGAUGACAGUGUUAGGUGUAUAGAAAUAGAACACAUAAAACAUAUUGUAUAUCUGAGAUUUUUUUUAAGAAUGACUCACAUUAUAUUAAGACUGAAUUUCAACCACAUAAUAUAUUUUUUUGUGCCA